AUGAAGUCGCAAAUGGUUCUAUCAUGCCUGUUGGCACUUGUGGCACGCGCCGUGGCAUCUAUUGGUGACUCGACCUUCCACCAAGGCGCCCUCAAAUGCACGAGCAAACCACCAGCGUUUUUCCUCGCCGGCGAUAGUACGACAGCAGUCCAGUCGGAGGGCGGAGGAGGUUGGGGCAACGGCUUCCUAUCAUUCUUGAAGGCGCCAGCAUGGGGAGUCAACCUCGGCCACAACGGGGCAACGACAGUCAGCUUCGUCCAAGGCGGCGACUGGGCGAAUGUGACCGACUACGUCAAACGGAACACACGCAGAUUCGACACAUAUGUCACGAUCCAGUUCGGGCAUAAUGACCAGAAGCCGGCGAGUAACAUCUCACUCUCCCAGUACCAGGCCAAUCUGGAAAGGCUAGCAAGGGAAGUCAAGGGUAUCGGCGGUACACCGUUUCUCGUGACGCCCCUGACAAGACGGAGCUUCGUCUCGGAGCAUCAGACAGACGACUCCUUGCACGACCAGCGCCUAGCGACCAUCGCGGCCGCCAGAGCCACUAACACCACCUAUCUGGACCUCAACCAAGCCAGCAUGAACUACGCGAACAGGAUUGGGAAUGAGUCGGCACAGGUGUACAACCUGCACCCCAAUGACACGACGCAUCUCAACGACUACGGCAGUGUCGUGUUCGGGCGCCUGCUGGCCGACCUGAUGAUCGAGAAAAGGGGGUGUCUGGAGCGAUGGAUAGGUCCCAACGAGACCCUGAGCUAUGAUCUGUGGCAUGGAAUACCUGCCUGA